CCAAUAAAGUGACAGGUGACUUGCAACUAGAAAUUAUCGAAUCCGAAAUCGACGCUCUUUUGGGGAAAAAAGCUAUUGAGGAAACUCAAGAAAUAGGGUUUAUUAGUAGCAUCUUUACAAUUCCAAAGAAAUCGGGAGGUUUUCGCCCGGUGGUUAAUCUAAAGGCUCUUAAUAAAUUUGUCGUGUACAACCACUUUAAAAUGGAGGGCCUGCCGACAGUUAAAAGCAUUGUGCGGGCGAAUGACUGGUUAGCUAAACUAGACCUCUCAGAUGCAUAUUUAACAGUGCCUUUGCACCCGUCACACCGUCGCUUUGUCCAAUUUACAUGGAAAGGGAAGAUUUUUCAAUUCACAUGUUUGCCCUUUGGUUUGUCCUCCGCACCGCGAAUAUUCACUAAGCUGCUCAAACCCAUUGUGUCCUUCUUAAGGAAAAGGGGCAUCAGAUUGGUUAUUUAUUUGGAUGAUAUUCUCAUCAUGAAUUCGUGUCCAGAAGGAUUGGCCAGGGAGGUCGCGUUAGUCAGAUCAACGCUAGAGGAGGUGGGUUUUUUAAUUAAUGAUAAAAAAUCAGAGGCAGAUCCCACCCAGCGAUUAGAAUUUCUGGGACUGAUGUUGGAUACAGCGCAUUUAACUUUGGCCCUGACCGAAGCGAAAAAAGAAGCGUUGUUGAGGACAUGUAAAAAACUCCUGGCCAGUCGUGAGGUGGCGCUUUGGGAUCUGGCCUCGUUAUUGGGGAAUUUCAAUUGGGCUACAGCGGCAGUCCCGUUUGCCCAAGCCAAUUUAAGGAAUAUUCAGAAUUUGUAUAUUAGUCAUACAAAGUCAGCGGAAGGAAAUUUAGGAGUAAAAACCAUCCUUUCAGAUGAGGCUAGGGAGGAUUUGGACUGGUGGAUUAGACAGCUGGAUCAGUCGAUGGGCAAAUCCUUUUUAACAUCGGACCCAGAUUUAGUGCUUUUUUCCGACGCUUCCAUGACCGGUUGGGGUGCGACGGACAGCAAUUGUAGCACAGGAGGGAAAUGGUCCAGUUAUGACGUGGGGCGCCAUAUCAAUGAGCUAGAGCUGUUGGCAGCAUUUUUAGCACUGCAAUAUUUCGCAAACGCUUCACGGAAUUGCUCCAUCAGGCUAAAUAUUGAUAAUACGACGGCAGUAGCUCAUAUCAAUAAAAGCGGAGGCACAAGGUCGCCUCAACUGCUCGAAAUAGCGCUAAAAAUCGCCAAAUGGAGCGAAAGGAGGAACAUUAUGUUAGAUGCAAAAUAUCUACCAGGAGCUCUUAAUAUUGUGGCAGAUAUGGAGUCCAGGAGAUCGUUCCAGGACAGUGGGGAUUGGCAUUUGAACCGCAGGAUUUUUCAAAAGAUCUGGGAGCGCUGGCACCCGAAAAUAGAUCUAUUCGCGUUGCCUUGGAACGCCCAGUUGCCGGAAUUUGUCUGCUGGCACCCCGAUCCAGCGGCAUGGAUGACAGAUGCCUUCUCUCUCAAUUGGAAGUACAUCAACGGCUAUGCGUUCCCUCCAUUCAAUCUAAUAGGGAAUUGUAUCCGGAAAAUGAGACAGGAUCAAUCCCAGCUGACGCUAGUUUGCCCGUAUUGGCCCAGCCAACCUUGGUUCCCGUUGCUGCUGGAGACAAUAGUCGAUAUCCCGAGGGUACUGCCUUAUCGCAAAGAUUUACUGAUCGAUGUGAACGGAGAGACUCAUCCUCUGCUGACAACCAACGCUCUGUGCUUAAUCGCGUGGAGAUUAUCCGGAAUCGCUUCAGAAGCGAACGAUUUCCGGACCAGGCUAUCGAUCUUAUACUGGCCGGCAACCGACCAGCCACACACGCUGGCUACGAGGCCGCCUGGAACCAAUGGUCAGAUUGGUGCAAUAGGAAUGGUCACCAUCCCCUGCAUAGCUCUGUAGUCAAUGUAAUUACCUUUUUAUCUGAUUCCUUUGUCAGGGGUAAGGCAUACAGUACCAUAAACGUCUAUCGGUCCAUGCUAUCAGGUACGUUGCCUCAAGUGGACGGUCAGGAUGUAGGUAAACAUCCGACCGUAGUUAAGCUCAUGAAGGGAAUAUUUAAUUCCAACCCACCAAAGCCUAAAUAUGCGGGUACAUGGGAUGUUGAUGUAGUUUUAAUUUUCUUUAAGACAGCUCCUCCCAAUGAAAAGCUGUCACUGAUCCAACUAUCCCGCAAAACAGCAAUGCUUUUGGCCUUGGUGACGAUGUUUCGGGUUUCAGAGUUGGCAGCGAUCAAUUUGUCGUCGAUAAAUUGUUCAGAUAGUGGUCUACUUUUUAGCCUAUCUAGGCUGAGGAAAUCCCAGAGAAACGGGCCGCUGUUCUCGCGAAAUAUAGUUCGCUUGGAAGACGCUAUCAUCUGCCCAGUAGCAGCAACAGAAGCUUACAUUAAAGCAACACUCCCUUUACGUAAGCAGGGCGAGAACGCAAAUCUGUUUGUAGGCUCGGUCAAACCACAUAAGGAGGUAAAAGGUUCGACAAUCGGGCAAUGGCUCAAGAAAGUUCUAGAACUGGCGGGAGUGGACACGUCAAUCUUUUCCGCCCACUCCACUCGAGGAGCCUCCGCUUCGAAGGCGGCAGAGAAAGGUGUUCCAACAGAUUCGAUAUUGAAAACGGCAAGCUGGGCAUCUGAAUCAACUUUCGUUAGAUUUUAUCGGAGAGACAUCCCCCAAAAGGAUGCCGGAACAACGGUGCUCGGUGGAGAUUAAUGGGGGUGAAAUAUUAUUUGGUCCGCCUUAGGUUGCUUUGAAAUCACCGCUAGAAGGCGAACGAAUUUAUGUAAUACA